AUGGCAGGUCUAAUGACAGGUCCUGUGGCAGGUCCUAUGGGAGGUCUAAUGACAGGCCCUGUGGCAGGUCUUGUAGCAGGCCCUGUGGCAGGUCUAAUGACAGGCCCUGUGGCAGGUCUAAUGACAGGCCCUGUGACAGGUCCUGUAGCAGGCCCUGUGGCAGGUCUAAUGACAGGCGCUAGAAAUGGUGAGACUGAGCAGAGAAAUGGUGAGACUGAGCAGAGAAAUGGUGAGACUGAGCAGAGAAAUGGUGAGACUGAGCAGAGAAAUGGUGAGACUGAGCAGAGAAAUGGUGAGACAGAGCAGAGAAAUGGUGAGACUGAGCAGAGAAACGGUGAGACAGAGCAGAGAAAUGGUGAGACAGAGCAGAGAAAUGGUGAGACUGAGCAGAGAAAUGGUGAGACUGAGCAGAGAAAUGGUGAGACUGAGCAGAGAAAUGGUGAGACAGAGCAGAGAAAUGGUGAGACAGAGCAGAGAAAUGGUGAGACUGAGCAGAGAAAUGGUGAGACUGAGCAGAGAAAUGGUGAGACAGAGCAGAGAAAAGGUGAGACAGAGCAGAGAAAUGGUGAGACUGAGCAGAGAAAUGGUGAGACUGAGCAGAGAAAUGGUGAGACUGAGCAGAGAAAUGGUGAGACUGAGCAGAGAAAUGGUGAGACUAUAGUUGUUGUGAUAAGCGGAUACAGACAACAUCGUGAUACAACAUACAAUUCAGUUCUCCAGAAAUCGGCCCACAGUUUCCCUGUAUUGAGUAAGCUAGGUAUAUAA